GUAGUGCAGACUUCUUGCCCGGCUCCAGCUGUCUCUGAUCUCUCCAGGAAUGAGAAGCGAUGGCCGGCUCUGCCAACGAGGAGAAAACCUUCAAGAGGUUCUUGGAGCUGUUCUUGCGGGAGAUGAGGCCACCUCUCCAGGAGGACGUACCUCUACCUAUGCGCCCCUUGACAGACCUCAUCUCGGAGGAAGAGGUGGAAGGGGAAUGCCUCGACCUGUGUCUCCAGCACCUUUGUAAAUAUAAUUGCCCUUUCUCCUUGGCUGCAGCCCUGGCCCGUGGUACAGCUGAUUGUAUCCUUCAAAGUGAUCUCUCCGUGUACUAUCUCAACAAGAGUGUUGAGGACGGAAAAGACACGCUGCCUCAGAUUGAUUCGGUGAAGCUAGCACGGCUGGUCUUUAAUAAGCUGUGCGAGACUUGCUGUCAUUGGCUCAAAGAGUUCCCUAAUCGCCGCCGCCACUUGCCGUACUACGAGACCUCUAUCCACGCCAUUAAAAACAUGCGCCACAAGAUGGAGGACAAACACGUCGUCAUUCCUGAUUUCAACACGCUCUUCAAUUUGCAGGAUCAGGAAGAGCAGGCAUUCUUCGCCGUGUUUGACGGUCACGGUGGGGUGGACGCUGCCAUCUAUGCUGCCAAUCACCUGCAUGUAAACCUGGUCAGACAGGAGAUGUUCAGCCAAGACCCGGGCAAGGCCCUAUGUCAUGCCUUCAAACUGACAGACGAGCGAUUCGUACAGAAGGCAUCACGUGAGAGCCUGCGCUGUGGCACCACAGGUGUCGUGACCUUUCUGAGGGGACGCACACUGUAUGUGGUCUGGCUGGGCGACUCACAGGUCAUGAUGGUGAAGAGAGGUCAACCGGUGGAGCUGAUGAAACCACACAAACCAGACAGAGAGGAUGAGAAAAAGAGGAUUGAGGCUUUGGGCGGGUGUGUGAUCUGGUUUGGCACAUGGAGGGUCAACGGAAGCUUGUCCGUCUCAAGAGCCAUCGGUGAUUCACAACACAAGCCCUAUAUCUGUGGUGAUGCUGACAGCACCACCUUAAAUCUGGAUGGUAGUGAGGACUACUUGAUCCUUGCCUGCGAUGGCUUCUAUGAUACCGUGAGUCCAGAGGAAGCAGUGCGGGUGGUCAGUGACCAUUUGCAGGAGAACAACGGCGACACUGCUAUGGUGGCCCACAAACUAGUGGCCUCAGCCCGAGACGCAGGGUCCAGCGAUAACAUCACAGUCAUUGUGGUGUUUCUCAGAGACCCUCGUUUGCCCCCACCCUCAGACAAAGCAGAGGAGGAACCAGAAGAGAAACCUGUGGAAGAUCCAGGAGAGGAGGAGGAAGAGGACAUAGAGCCCUUGCAAAGUGAGUUGGUGUGUCAGGAUGGAGGAGUGGAGAAUGGAGGAAAGAAUCGGGGCGGCUGGCCACUCCAGCAAUGUUCGGCGCCAGCUGACCUGGCCUACGAAGAUCGCAUGGAUUCGUUUACGGACAGAACAAGUCUGAGCAUCACGGGGCCGAACCUGCAUGCAGAGACUGGCUGCUUCAGGCUCCCAGCUUCGUCAAGCCUUCCCCCAACCAGAGUCUUUGAGUCAGAUCUCAUACCCCCCUACAGCGGGGUUGGCGCGGCCUGGCGCCCCUACCAAGAGAUGGGCCUUUCAGGGUUCAGACAAAAGCCCCAGCCUAAGCCUCGGGUCCCCUCCUACAUGCAGCCUUGCUCUGAUGGACAAUUGCUGGAGGUGGCUGCGCUCUUCCCCCAAGAAGGACGGAGGAAGAGGCGGCUGGAGGUUAUGCCACUACGGAGGGAGUCACAGCGCCAGAUCCAGAGAGCCAGGGAAUGCCAUGGCCCUCUGAGCUGCUUCCCUAGCAUGCCCUAUCCUCUCCGGUCCCCAGAGAGGAAGCCUGGGAUAGCCUUUCCCCAUGUAACCCACAGCAAAAGAAUCUAAUCAGCAACUCCCUGCCCCAUCAUACUGCCCUCCAUCAUUAAGGCUAAAAUACACUCAUAUCAAACAACACGAGCUGAGGAAACAGUGGGCAUGUACAUACGGUUUGUUCCAAAGCCUAGUGAGCUACGUCAAUAGGCAGCAUUGUAAGGCAUCGUUCCCAGUGCAAAAGCUGUUCCAAAAAGUAGGCAGUAUGUUUAUGCUGUCUUCUAAGAUUUUCUAAGAAUUCUAAACUAUAGCAGUAGGCAGCAUUGCAUGGAUCCUUCGUAAAUUCCAAAAUGCAUUGCAGCAAUCUCAGUGAAAUGAAAUUCAUUCAAUACGAAAAAGUAUUGAUACAAAUUAAGUUAGGAUGCUGACUAUGUAGGCAGUAGGCAGCAAGGCAGCUCACUAGGUUUUGAAACAGAGCCACACAUUUAAACACACACAAACUGAUACCACAUUGCUCUAACACUUCCUCUCUCAUCUUAUAUGAUCCAGCCUACCAGAUUCCUUCAUCUCUCUCAGCCAGCUUUCUCAUCCUCAUAACCCUUUACCUGCUCUAGUUUUUGUGUGUGGGUGUGUGUGUGCAGAAGGGACAAAAGAGUGUUAACACUGUCCUACUACUAUUCUCUGUGCACACACACACACGUUCACACAGUAGUUUAAAUGUUACACCCAGUGUAGUACCUUUUAUCAAGCAGAUGAUUGCAGUCAGUGGGAAAAUUACUGAAUUUCAUUGCUUAUAUCUUACUGUUACCUGAGGCGAGAGACAUGAUACAGCUCUUAGUUGCUAAAGCCAUUUUUAAUGUUCAGUCACUAUGUAUGAGAGACGUUUUUUUCUUCUUCCAUUUUUAUGUUUUUUAUGAAGCUUGUACUUGUUGUAUGAACUUGUAAGGUGAAAAGAUGUCUAUUUUAAAUUGCGGUUUAAGGGUCAAGCGUGAUUAUGACAUAACGGUAGUGAGUAAUUGAUAAGGGAGUGGCAACCAUCAUUUUUGUUUUUGUGGGGGACUUUUUUGUCACUUUUCCAUUUUUAAACCCAAAACUGACUUGUUUGGGUAGCUACCAUGCCAAAAUCUGUUUCAUUCAGCAUGUUCGAUGAUGCUUAUUAGAAAUAACAACAUUACUGACAGACAACAUCUGCUGCAUUUCUAAUGAUUGUUUAGGUUCUGCUGUUACAGUUUGAGGGAGAGAAAGGUUUUAAAAGAAAUAUAAUUGUGUUUGUAGAUGAACUAUUAGACAUAUCGGAUCAAAUUUAGAUGUAGUACCUAUUCUACACAUAUUCAUUAAUAUUCAGUUUUUUUAAAACCAAAGAAUGAAGGAAAUGAUUUUUCAGGAGGCACAAUAUCAUCACUAAAUAAGAUGUGUGUUUUAUACCAAGUGCUACAUCUACAAAGUUAUGCUUGGUGUCAAAGUUUUUAGAAAAAAAAAAUAUUCUAAGAAAUUCUUGAAAUCUUGAGUUCAAAAACAAAGCUUUUAGACCACAUAUCUCAAAUCUUGAUAAUGGCUUGUACUGGACUAAGAUAUGUUAAGUUAAAUUUACAGGGAACGUGAAAAUGUAGCCCUGAAGGAAAAAUAGGGCUGAAAAUCUCUUUGUGGUUGCAUUUUCAAGUGGCCCUCAGGUGUUGAGGACAUAAAUAGUGUAGUUCAAGCAGCACAAUGUGUGCCUUUAUUAUCUUCAACACGCCUGUGUUCGACAGGAUGGAAAGUGGACACAAAGUAUAUCUGAUCUCUCUUCCACUUGUCUCUGUAUUGGGAUUCAGAUUUAUUUGGAUACAACAUUUUACUUAAGCACCACUGUAAGAGACUGGCCAUGUACAUUUUUACCUAAUUUAUUUAUUUUCAAAGGAUUUGUUGCAAACGUUUGAUUUUGCAGCCACCUAAAAUGUUUGGAGAACUUACUCCACCCCUAAAAAUGUACAUUUAAAUUUAAAUGAGCAUAGUUAGGGACUCAUUUAGUUUUUCAAAAAAUAAGGAAGUGUUCUCUGUCUCUCAGUCACUGCUGUCAUGGCAUCAUUAUGCCUUCAAAAUUCAGUAUGUGACAAUUGCUUAAAAUAAUUUUCUGAGUUAAAACAACUUCUCAGUCAAUUAAAGCUCAAUUAAUAUCUUACGAUUAUCAUAAUAAAAUGUGUUGACUCUGAUACGUUUACAGUAAAGCACUAACAACGGAAACCUAGCAGGCAAGUGGGCAGCACUUAAUAAAUGUUAAAAAUAUGCAACUAUCACACUGAUUCGAAAGUUCAAACAUAACACUUACAUGAUAGAAUCGCUUACAAAUCUUGUCUGUUUAACUCAUGUUAUGACUAACUUACUUUUUCUUUGUAUCCGUAACUCAUAACCAGAGAAGAAAAGAGGUCCCACAUCAAAAGGACAGUUUAGAUAACUUUACUCAAAUAACAAACAUUUCAAGUGAUUAAAAUUUAAAAAAAAUUACGAGCUUAACAUUUCUGCUUUUAAACCUUCCGGUCCACUUGUCGGCUAUGCUUGUACUGUAAACACAUAUUUUGUUCAUUUUAACAAAACAAGGGGCAAGUCAAAAUUAUUUUCCAGGGUAAUCGACACCAUGACACACAUGCUGUCCAUUGCUGUCCGUAGUUCACAUAUGCUGUCCAAAUUGUAUUUAACCCACAACGUUCCUUUAACCCAAACAAUCUUCAUGCAAUAAGAUUACAAUCAUCUCCACUUCUCACCAAAGUCAUACGCUUGUGUUCAUAUUCAUAAUUGCAUACCACAAUCUACUGCAGCCAUGAUGCCAUUGGGUGGUUCUGUUCAAGAUACCUGUGCUGGCCUGGUCUUUGACACAAACGACACAUGUUCUUUUGACUACUAAUGCUGCAAACCCUUUAUUCUUUCCCUCUUCCAUCUGAAACUAGAGGAAUGACUUGUGCCAUCGCAGCCGUGCCAUUGCACUGAUCAGUUUCCUUGUAUUUCUUUGUAUUUUUGGUGGAGGGAUGGAUAAUGGGUGGUGGGUGCGUGGGUGGAUGGUACAGGGUAUAAGUGUCUAUCACUUGUCUGUUGUCGUUCAAGCUGUCUUCAUCUGCCUCCAGCCAAGUAACUUAUUGAUGCAUGGAGCCUACCCUGCUGAAAAGACCAUCUUAAACCAGCAUGAAUUUCCAUGCUUAUCCAAGCUGGUUUAUGCUAAUCAGUGCUGGUCUAGCUGGUGGACCAGCAAACCAUGUUGUUCAUCAGCAAAAUUUGACAAAGGAGGCUGAGUAGUCUGGUAGGGACCCCAGUAUACCAGCAUCCAAUUCUGGGGACCAGCAUUGAAAACACAACAUACAGUAUGCUGGUCUUUUUAACUGGGUGGGCUUGGCUUCACACCAACAUGUUUAUUGUGUUCACAAAGACCCUCCUGAAAUAUAUCUGACACCAGUGUCCCCUAAUAGCCCUCUCCUUUAAGAAUGGGGCUUGAAUCUUAUUUUGAAUCAGUGACCUACAGGAAAGUAGAGAAUUUGAACUAUAAUGGUGCAUCUCAACUGGUUCAGAAUGUAAAUCCAAAUGCAAUUAAAUAUUUGGCCCACGUUAAAGAUGCCCAGACUGUCUGGAAUGUAUGUGAUUCUUUUCGCAAACUACCAUCCAUUAUGAGAUUUGUCAACCGGUUUUAUACCCUUGUGGAAGUUUUCAACGAUUCGGAGCACGUUGAAAAUGUCACCGGCUGCCCUACAGGCUUUAUCAUGCCUUGUAAAUCCAAUACCUGCUUUUGGAGAGGAAAAAUUUCCCCUAAGGCCUCCGAGAUGGCAUCGAUGGCUGAAGAUUUGCCCUGUCCCAAAUGGUACCCUUAACCCUCACGGUCCUCUUUGGAGUCUACACAUUGCCGUAUGGACUAGGUAGUUGUCUGCUGUAAAAUCCAGUGCAAGCUUAGCAAUAAAGCAGCCACAAUGAUGAAAUGGGACCCUCUACGGUCAAGUGGACUUAACGGAAGCACGUGAGCGAAGGCUACUGGACUGCAAGUCCAUCAAGUCCGCCAUUUGGGUCAGGGCCAUUUAUGACUGAUUGAGUGCAGCUUUCUGGACAUGGACCUUUCAAAGAAGCUGUGUGCUAAAUGAUGUACGAGGCCUAGAUUCAGAGAUAACCUUCCGCUUUUGCCCUCACUAUCAUGUACAAUCAUUCCCUGCAUCCCCCUAGCACCUCCUAUGGGGGGCACAAAUUAUAUAUUGGAAGUGUGGUAACUUAAAUAUAUUGUAUACAUGUAUGUACGUAUGUGCGUUUUGAGAAUGUGUGUGGUUGCGUGUAACAUUCAGGAUGUGUAAACGUGUCUGUCUUAUAAAUGUGCUAUUUUAAUCACCACUGAUAACUCAGAUGGAUACAGAAGUCUGUAAUGCUUUUCAGUAAACCUCGCCCUGCCCCCUUCUUGGCACACUAAAGAACAUACUUGAAGCGUCAAGGGAAACAGGCAAGUCUAACAGGUGCAACAUUUGGCGUCUGUAAUAGUCACAGGCUCUCAAGAAGUUUUAUUCACGAAGUACCAAUGGUGUUGAUGAGAUUGCCAAUCUCAAGCACCAAAGUUCCGGAUGGUUCAUUUGAAUGGUCGAGUGCAUGACGCUCUCAAAAGAACAUCUCUUUUUGUACUCUUGAGCCUUGGCCCCAGUGGAUUGCCUGUUAGACGCAGUGUUUCCCCUGUUAGUGAUAGCUGCGAGUACUGCGUCAAGGGUGCGCUCUAGCUUUCAUGACAGUUAGCCCUCCUCACUUGCUGUCACUGCUUUUUGUCCAUGUACUGUUCAGUACUGCUCUUUUUCUGCUAGCAAUAAUGAACCUACACAAGCCAUGAGUGAAGAGAGCUCUUUCAAAUGGCUCUUCUUCUCUAAAGCAAAGCUGAAGAAGGGUUUAAAGGAAACUGGG